CGGGGAGCGAGGGUGCUCCCGCGCCCCCCUUUCGGCUCUGGGACUACAAAGCCCAACACUCGCAGCCCAGGCUGGCUUGGCCCUUUGGGACAGGUUGUCCCAGCAUGCUUAGGGGCCCAGGUGUGCAGAAAGCCAGGGAGGCUUUUUAGCGGGUCAAAGAUGAUGUGGAGAGACACUCUGGGAGUUUCUAACACUGACAGCAUGGAUCAUUCUGUGCUCAGAAGGGAGAGGCCCCCAGUGCUUCAUGACAGAUCUUUGGUUGAAGAGGAGGACCCUCACAUGAAGGUUACUCUGGGGAGCAGCGACAUGGGCGUGUCUGCUCACCUGCAGGCAUCGAAGGCAGGGACCACAAGAUUCUUUACCAGCAACACUCAUAGUGCUGUGGUCCUCCAGGGUUUUGACCAGCUGCGCAUAGAAGGGUUGCUUUGUGAUGUGACGCUAGUGCCGGGCGACGGAGAUGAGGUGUUCCCUGUCCAUAGGGCCAUGAUGGCAUCCGCUAGCGAUUACUUCAAGGCCAUGUUCACAGGUGGGAUGAAAGAGCAAGACUUAAUGUGCAUUAAGCUCCAUGGUGUGAACAAAAUAGGUUUAAAGAAGAUCAUUGAUUUUAUUUAUACCGCUAAACUUUCCCUCAACAUGGACAACCUGCAGGAUACUCUAGAAGCAGCCAGCUUUUUGCAGAUACUGCCUGUGCUGGACUUCUGUAAAGUGUUUCUUAUAUCUGGGGUGUCCUUGGAGAACUGUGUUGAGGUGGGCCGGAUUGCCAAUACAUACAACCUCACGGAAGUGGAUAAAUACGUGAACAAUUUCAUCCUCAAGAAUUUCCCAGCCCUGUUAAGUACUGGGGAGUUUGUGAAGCUCCCCUUUGAGCGCCUUGCCUUUGUUCUUUCAAGUAAUAGCCUUAAGCACUGUACAGAGUUGGAACUCUUCAAGGCCGCCUGCCGGUGGCUGCGGUAUGAGGAGCCACGCAUGGAAUGUGCUGCGAAGCUCAUGAAAAACAUCCGUUUCCCUUUGAUGACGCCACAGGAUCUAAUCAACUAUGUCCAGACUGUGGAUUUCAUGAGAACUGAUAAUACUUGUGUCAACUUGCUUUUGGAAGCCAGUAACUAUCAAAUGAUGCCCUACAUGCAGCCAGUGAUGCAGUCGGAGAGGACGGCCAUCCGUUCGGACAGCACCCACCUGGUGACGUUGGGAGGAGUCCUCCGGCAGCAGCUGGUAGUGAGUAAGGAGCUGCGGAUGUACGAUGAGAAAGCGCACGAGUGGAGGUCUCUGGCCCCCAUGGAUGCACCCAGAUACCAGCAUGGCAUCGCUGUGAUUGGGAACUUCCUAUAUGUUGUUGGUGGGCAGAGCAAUUAUGACACAAAAGGAAAGACGGCUGUGGACACAGUUUUCAGAUUUGAUCCUCGUUACAAUAAGUGGAUGCAAGUGGCUUCUUUAAAUGAAAAGCGAACCUUCUUCCACCUAAGUGCCCUCAAAGGACAUUUGUAUGCAGUUGGUGGUCGAAAUGCAGCUGGAGAAUUAGCUACAGUGGAGUGUUACAAUCCCAGGAUGAACGAGUGGAGCUACGUGGCGAAGAUGAAUGAGCCCCAUUAUGGUCAUGCUGGAACUGUGUACGGGGGGCUGAUGUAUAUUUCAGGUGGCAUCACCCACGACACUUUCCAGAAGGAGCUCAUGUGCUUUGACCCCGACACAGACAAAUGGACUCAGAAGGCCCCGAUGACCACUGUUCGAGGCCUCCACUGCAUGUGUACUGUGGGCGAUAAGCUUUAUGUCAUCGGGGGGAACCAUUUCCGAGGCACCAGCGACUACGAUGACGUCCUCAGCUGCGAAUAUUACUCCCCAACCCUGGACCAGUGGACUCCGAUUGCGGCGAUGCUGCGGGGCCAGAGCGAUGUUGGCGUGGCCGUUUUUGAAAACAAAAUCUACGUGGUCGGAGGCUAUUCAUGGAACAACCGCUGCAUGGUGGAAAUAGUCCAGAAGUACGACCCUGAGAAGGAUGAGUGGCACAAGGUCUUUGACCUUCCAGAGUCCCUGGGGGGCAUCCGGGCCUGCACGCUGACAGUCUUCCCCCCCGAGGACAACCUGGGCUCGCCGUCACGGGAGUCCCCUCUUUCAGCGCCUUGAGAGCGCUCUCCGGGCUCACUGGGCCGCCCCGACCCUGCUGCGCUGCAUCACGGGUCCUCUUCGUCUCUGUCUUCAGUAGUUUCUGUCGGGCUUGCCCUGAAGCCGUUGGCACAUAACGGGCGGGGUGGGGCGGGGGGCUCAGAAGGAAGGCACGAAGCUACACGUGCUGUUCGAUCCGGAGUGUUUCUCGCAGGGGCCCCCGCACGUGCUGAACUCAGCGUCUCCUGGGGCCAGGCGCUCAACCAAUGGGGAAAACCAGGUGAUGGUCUCCUUCAUUUAAGAUGCUUUAGGCGCCUCGGAGUUAUAUAUCGGGAGCACCAUAACUUGCAAGAGAGGGAAGGAAGGGGGGGAUUGCGGGAAGAGAGCCCCUGUUUGCUAAGCCUUGACGCUGGAGGACAGCUUCCUCACGGGGGGGCGGGGGAGAGGACGCCUCUGCUGAUGCAGGUUUCAGCAGCUCCCUGGCCCCAGCUACCUCCCUCUUCUAGGAGCAUUUUGGACUUCUCAGCGGGCCUGACCUGUGGCUCAGCGUGAAAAGGCAAGAGAAGCCCACCAGCGAAGAAGGGCACCUUGAGGAGACCCCGGAUCCGUGGGUUUCCCCUCCCCUGGCCCAUUGAAGAAACGAAGCAUUAACUGAGGGUUUUCAUUUUUCUUCUCUCCCCUUUUUCCUUCUCUUUCCCCCCCCCCCCGACCUUCCCUCUUCUCCCCCUCACCAGCCAUCCAUCACCUCUUCCCCCCAGUUCAGUGAUGCUGGGACUGGGUUGUGUGGCAACCCAGUCAGACACCUGCACCGGGUUUUAAGGAGACAAGGGCUAGAACUCCCACGUGUUAAGCCACUAAAAUCCUGACCCAACAGUUUCCCCUGGAUGAAAUUUAGUCUGCCUUUGCUCCACUUGUCCCACCCACCCCCACCCCCAGCAUCCUUUGGCCUCUUACACGUCUGUAUAAAAUCUCAGUUAAGAUGGUUAUUUAGCACAAACACAGCUUGGACAGAGCUGCUUUUGCUCAGAGAAUUCAGACUACCCUGUUUCUUUUGUUCAAUAAAACCUUUAACGGCAA